UUCGCAUUACUUAGUUUGUUAACUUCAAAGCAAAUCACUUUCGGAGGAAUCAAAGUAAAAGAGAUUCAUAGAAACCCUAAUUUGCUGUAAUCGUUGCGUCCUAGAAACCCUAAUUUCGGGUGGGGACUCUCUCCAGUGUUGAAGAAAGAAAAAAACAAGAGAAUAAUGAAUGCUCCGAUAAUAGAUCCACUGCAAGGAGACUUUCCAGAGGUGAUUGAAGAGUAUCUAGAGCAUGGGGUCAUAAAGUGUGUUGCUUUUAACCACCGUGGCUCUCUCCUCGCUGCUGGAUGUGCGGAUGGGAGAUGUGUGAUCUGGGACUUCGAAACUAGAGGCAUUGCAAAAGAGCUUCGUGAUGAUGCUUCCACUGCUGCAAUCACAAGCGUCUCAUGGUCAAAAUAUGGGCACCGUUUACUCGUCUCAGCUGCAGACAAGUCUUUGACUCUCUGGGAUGUCUCUUUAGGACAGAAGAUUGCGAGGACAACUCUUCAGCAGACUCCUUUACACGCUCGUCUCAACCCUGGGUUAAGCUCGCCUUCUCUUUGCCUAGCGUGCCCGCUCUCUUCUGCUCCUAUGAUUGUUGAUUUUGAGAUUGGUUGCACGACUUUGCUUCCUGUGUGUGUCCCUGAGAUGCCUGAUGUGUUGGCUACUCCGCAGAGGAGUAAAUGUGCGGAGUCAGGUCCUCCUUUCUCUCCGGCGGCGGCGUGUUUUAAUAAGUGUGGGGAUUUAGUUUAUGUUGGGAAUGCUAAAGGGGAGAUACUUAUUGUUGAUUAUAAAAGUGUUCGGGUUCUUGCUUUGGUUGGUGUCUCUGGUGGGUCUGCGGUGAAGAAUAUUGUAUUUAGCAGGAAUGGGCAGUAUCUUCUCACGAAUUCGCAUGACCGUAUCAUUAGGAUUUAUGAGAAUCUUCUCCCGGCGAAAAAUGUGCUUGGGUCACUUGAGGACAUGGGUCAGGAUGUUGAUGAGGUUGAUGGUGUUGAGAAACUGAAGACUGUUGGAUCGAAAUGCUUGACGCUGUUUAGGGAGUUUCAAGAUUUGGUUACCAAAAUGCAUUGGAAGGCGCCGUGUUUCAGUGGUGAUGGUGAAUGGGUCGUUGGUGGUUCUGCUUGCAAGGGAGAGCAUAAGAUCUACAUAUGGGAUCGAGCGGGGCAUCUCGUGAAGAUAUUAGAAGGUCCAAAAGAGGCGUUGAUUGAUCUUGCUUGGCAUCCUGUUCAUCCGAUAAUCGUCUCUGUUUCCUUGACUGGUUUGGUAUACAUUUGGGCAAAAGACUACACAGAGAACUGGAGUGCGUUUGCUCCUGAUUUCAAAGAGCUUGAGGAGAAUGAAGAGUAUGUGGAACGUGAAGAUGAGUUUGAUUUGAUGCCUGAAACAGGAAAGGCGAAAGUAUCAAGUGUUAAUGAAGAUGAAGAAGUUGACAUAGAGACAGUGGAGAAGGACGCUUUCAGUGAUUCAGAUAUGUCAGUGGAGGAACUACGCUACCUUCCAGCUGAACCAAUCCCAGAUACAAAUGAGGAGCAAGAGGAGUUAAAGUUAAUUGAAGCUCGUAUAUCUGCGUCUCCUGCUUCCGAAGAGGCUGCUCAGAAUGGACAUGUGGCAAACCAUGUAUCAAGUCCACAAGGAGAAGAAAUAGGUGAAACAAGAGGAAAGAGAAAAAGGAAACCAUCAGAGAAAGCCAUGGAGUUGCAGGCGGAGAAAGCAAAGUCAUCAAAAGCUUCAGGAAGAACAGUACGAGAGAAAAGCAGAGCAGUAGGCGAUCACGAAAUCGAUGAAAGCGUAAAUGGUGAUGAUGAUGAUGAUGUCGAUGCAUAUUAUUGACCAAGCAAUGCUGUGUUAUUCUCUACCACGACACAGCUAUGUGCUGAAUCAAGUUGGAUUCUGCACACUAGGAGUUUAUGUAGGCAGGAUCUUAAAUUUAGCGUUGAAGCAGUUAUUAUUAAGACAAUUUAAAGCAGUUUAGAGAAAGAGUAAGAGGGAACAUAAAAUCAUCUUUGAUUCAUUAACUUUGAUUGAUCAUAUCACAUUAACAGAAAUAUUGCUCACAACAGAUACAUAAUACAUUUCCUUUACAACAAACAAUGGAUACAUCAAGAUAGAUAUGUAUAAGGUUUAAAAAGCAAAGCGUCUUGGAUAAAUUCUUGUAUUAAGUCUCACGAGGGCCGUCAGAGUUUUGAGUCUUUCUUAGGUUCCAGUGAAGACCAUCGUGGAUACUGCUUAGGAAGUCACUCGUGGAUUCGACUUGGCAAGCCGUUGAGACAGGCCACUGCGACAUGCUACACACAAGUGUAUCCCCUGCUUUAAGCUCUUUCCGGCCUUUCCCAUCAAAAGACACCCACGCAGAGCUUCUGCUGUCCAAUGGCACUUUCACUUUCAAUGUCACGUGGUCCGGUAAUAUCAGUGGGCGGAAAGACAGAGAAUGCGGACAGAUAGGUGUGAACAAGAUCC